AUGCCCAAAUGCGACCUCAAAACGAGAUACAUCCCCGCGACAUUCGCCUGGACUUUACUUUUGGGCACGACGUCUCUGUUUUUUUAUUUUCCCUGUCAGUAUUACCUUCACAAACACCCAUGGGUUCCUGCAUACCAAGGUGUUAUAACAUUUUUUGUUUUGGCCAAUUUUACACUGGCCACUUUCAUGGACCCGGGAGUUAUACCAAAAGCUCCACCUGACGAGGACCGCGAGGACGACUUUCGAGCGCCACUGUACCGCAGCGUGGAGAUCAACGGCAUCACUGUGCGCAUGAAAUGGUGCGUCACGUGCAAAUUCUACCGGCCGCCGCGCUGCUCGCACUGCUCCGUGUGCAAUCAUUGUAUAGAGACGUUCGACCAUCACUGUCCAUGGGUGAACAAUUGCAUCGGGCGGCGGAACUACAGAUUCUUUUUCUUUUUUCUCAUAUCAUUGUCCAUACAUAUGUUGAGUAUAUUCGGCCUCAGUUUAUACUACAUCAUGAAUAAUAAUAAGACACUCACGCAAGUCGAGCCUAUUGUGUCAAUGGUAAUAAUGGGCAUAAUAGCCCUCCUCGCGAUCCCAAUCUUCGGUCUGACCGGCUUCCACAUGGUGCUGGUGUCGAGGGGGCGCACCACCAACGAGCAGGUGACGGGCAAGUUCACCGGGGGCUACAACCCCUUCUCGAAGGGAUGCUGGUAUAACUGUUGUUAUACGCAAUUUGGACCGCAGUAUCCUAGCCUGGUCCGUCCGUCCAAAUACAUAUACAAGGGCAAGAAACGCCGCGAAGGCGCGGUUAUAUCGACGAUAGCAGACACGCAACACCACGCGCAGGUAAAGACGUACACAGCAGACAAUGGGACCGCGCACCGCCCGAUGGGUGCGCAUGCGCACUACAACAAGUUAUCGCCCGGGCGAGAAGAGCACGAGGGCGAGCUGGAGGGCCCCGGGGCUUCCCAGUCGGCGGACUGCGAGCCCACGCCCCCGCCCCUGCAGCGCCGGGGCUCCUCGGCCAACCUGUUUCCACCGGCGGAGCCUCACCACCACCUGCCCCCGCGGCCACACCAUUACCCGAGGUUGAGCCCGCUCUCUAGGAAUACGAGUCACGGCGGCACAACGACCUCUGGCUACCGAGUAGUGAUGGAGCCGCUCAGAUACGACGCGGGCGCCAACGGCGGCGCGCGGCCGUCGCCCACCAUGCAGCAGCGCAUUAAGGCGCUGGGCGUGCCCACGCCGCUCGCCGUCAACAGCCCCGUCAGGAGGUCCAACCCGGGCACGCCGACGCAGCCGCGCCGCCCGGACUUCAUCGGCGUGCGCGCCUCGCCGCAACGCCGCUUCCUAUCCGAGGGCGAGCUGCUGCGCGAGCCGCACGCGCCGCACGCGCCAGUCGCGCCGCACCCGACGGCCGCGCAGGACGUGCGCGAGCUGGCCGCGUCGCCGCAGCGUGGCACGUACCUGUGGGCGGAGCGCGCGCCGCCGUCGCCGCACGCGCGCCGCCGCCCACCCCCGCCCGCACCCGCGCCGCGCCCCGCCCGUCCCCUGUCCUUCGUUCGCGCGCUCGAGGUGCAGGACCAGCUCGAGCGCGCGCCGCCUCCCGCCCCGCCCGACCGCGCCUCCGUCUACGACUGCAACUACGAAAUCUCCGUC